GGAGCGCGGGAGGCGAUGGCGUCGGCGGCGUCGAAGCUGCGGGCGGAGGCCGGGCUCGGGGCGCUCCCGCAGCGGGCGCUCGCCCAGUACCUGCGCCUUCUGCGGCUCUACCCUGUGCUCACCAAGGCGGCCACCAGUGGCAUUUUGUCAGCCCUUGGGAACUUCCUGGCCCAGAUGAUGGCGAAGCAGCGGAAAAAAGAAAACUCCCAAAAGCUAGAUGUCAGUGGGCCUCUCAGAUACGCCAUUUAUGGGUUCUUCUUCACAGGGCCACUGAGUCACUUCUUCUACCUCUUCAUGGAGCACUGGAUCCCUUCUGAGGUCCCCUGGGCUGGGGUCAAGAGGCUCCUCCUGGACCGCCUCCUCUUUGCACCGGCCUUCCUGUUGUUGUUUCUCCUCGUCAUGAACUUCCUGGAGGGGAGAGACGCAGCUGCUCUCUCUGUCCAGAUAAGAAGAAGCUUCUGGCCGGCGCUGCGCAUGAACUGGCGAGUCUGGACCCCAGUGCAGUUCAUCAACAUCAACUACGUCCCUCUGCAGUUCCGGGUGCUUGUUGCCAACCUGGUGUCUCUGUUCUGGUACAUCUACCUGGCCUCUCUGGGGAAGUGAAGAUGGCCUGCAGUGAACACACCCAGCUGUGUAGGGACACCUGCCUAGGGUGAGAGAGCAGAAACCACCUGGUCAAGACUGUAGCUGACUCCAGAUCACGUGGUUCAAGAUGGCGAAACAAUCUGUUAAUGUAAGAAUCUCGUGUUUUAAAAAGGUAGAAACUGUCUUCGGGUGAUGCUGCCUCAGAGUCGUAGAAUGCAGUAGCAAUGAUUGCACUUGUCACCCUGAAUUGAGUUAGGACAACAAUAAACUAUAAUGUAGCCUUUUC